AUGCCUCACAACGCAGAAGAAUAUUAUCUCGACAGGCUUCACGACCUGCCAUCAAUCAACCACACUAGAACAAAGAACGCCCAGGCAUGGAAGAACCUUUUGCCUGAGCAGGAAUAUGUGGAAAGAGAGUUUCUCCUUUCCAAGGCCAAAAUCACCUCCUCGAAGGUUAACAGGCUUUGCGUGUUUGCAUUGAAGAAUAAGAGCUCAGGCAGUGUGGUGAGCUCGAUGGAAUUGUUGAUUCGGCAAGCAUGGCGUUUUAAGAAGGAGAAUGGCGCUGUUUCCAUGAUCCCUGUGUUGAGUGGCUGCAUUGGCGCUGUCUACACUUAUCCAGAAUAUAGAGGCAACGGGUUUGCUGCUAUGAUGGUGAAGAAAUGCAUGGAUGAGGUGAGAUGCGAUGAGUACCUUGGCACCAAUGGCUUUACGUUCCUUUACUCGGAGAUUGGCGAGUACUACGCUAACCACGGGUUCAAGUCGUUUGAAGUGCCUCUUACCAACAUCCCGCUUUCUCCAUCCAAUGAGCCUCUCAAGCUCCCACCAGGUGCUUCCUUGGUUGAGUACCACAACUUUGGGUACCUUUUUGCACAUUACAGGGACCAUUUUGCAGCGCAAAUGCGUUCUAAGGUUAAUGAGGAUGGCAUUGAGCGUAUAUCUGUGGUUCCCACUGCCGACUUCGUGGACUGGUUCCACUUGCGUGCCAAGUUUCUUUCCACCAGGAUCUUUGGCCACGACUCGGCCAAAUUCGAUGUAUGGAACGACUCGUACGAGCACAUUGUCGGCCAGUUUGAGGACGUGGAGCCCAAACACUUUGGUAUCCGUCUAGACUGUCCUGAAACUGGUAAGCACAUUGGCUUCAUUGUGUGGACGUACGACUACGACUAUUCUAAAGAGGAGCAGCAUUUCCACAACCAUGCCACCGUGCUUAAGAUCCAUGUGAACACCCCAGAUUUUGAUAGAGAUACCUACACAGCUCAGCUUGUUGAUCUUGCUAAGCGGUACUUGGAGCUGCCCCACAAAGCUGACCCUUUGAAGAACUUCACUUCAUUGAUUGUGUGGGAAUCUGAGCUCUCCAACCACACGCAACACGAGUUUGUCAAGAAGUAUGGCGCCGACUCACACUUGGAGAAUUCCUCCAGAAGCGCCAUAAUGUAUAAUAACGAUGCCGAUGACGACAAGUUGAAGCUGGGUAACAUGGUCUGGGAAAAUAAUACCAAGCUUCCAUGGUUCUGA